CAUCUAAGGGGGGCUAUAGGAAAGAAGGGGACAGGCUCUUUAGCAGGGUCUUGUGUGACAGGACAAAGCAAAGUGGUUUCAAACGAAAAGAGGGGAGAUUCAGGUUGGACAUAAGGAAGGUUUUUACAUUCAGGGUGGUGAGGCGCUGGCACGGGUUGCCCAGAGAAGUGGUGGAUGCCCUCGUUUUUCACAGAUGAUCGCUGCCUGAGGAGCAGGGACGGCGUGAGGACGGCAAACCCAGCGCCACUGCACGGCGCCUCGCGCCCUCCGCACCCCGCCCGCUCUCUGCUCCGCGGCCGGGCGGGGCGGGGCGGGGCGGGAUGCCGCUGGGGCCGGGCCUCGGGCCCUGCUGGGCCGGAGACGGCGGGGGAAGGGAAGCAGAGCUGUUUCUUCGCUUGUUUUUCACCAUGACUACUACGUCAUCAGAUGGCUCUGGUGACUAUGAAAAGCAGCAGAAGGAAUUGAGCCAGAGUUAUGCUAGCUCUGUCCUCGACUAUUCAGAAGACACCUGGGAACCCUUCAGUGAGGAAGAAAUAGCCUCCUGCCAGCAUGAGAGCAAAUCAUCUGAACUAUACUGUUCCACAGAAGAUACAGAGCAUUCUGGUGUGUUGGAUCCAGGGGAAAGCAUGUUGUGGUUGGCAGGCCAAAGUCAUACAGAAGAGCAGUCUGAAGUAGUUGAUUCUGCAGCUGCAGAAAGAGAUUUCAUUGGAAAGUUGAUUGAUGUCCUAAAAAAUAAGGAAGCUGGCAUUAAACAAGAUAAAUUCGUCAUCAAAACUCAUGCUGAAGUUACUGAGUUAUCAGAGGAAGAACUGGAUGCUCUCCAGUCUUUUUGCAUCAUUAAGAUAAGGAGGGUGCUGCAGGAGCUGAUCUCUGAGCAGGCAAGUGGUGGCAAGUCAAGAAAGCAGCAGCGUGGGUUCACAUCAAAGGCAUCAGAGGCAAGUGACUUGAACUGCAUUGUUCCCCAUCAGCUGAUGAACAGAAUCCGUCUGAAAAACAUCCGGGAGACCAUUAAACAGGUGACAGAAGCUCAAGUGCACAAAUCUUCACUGUGCCCUGACUGUAAGAAGAAGAAGGCAGAGCUAGCCAAAAUUACUUUUCUCAGACAGAAGAAGAUACUAAUGGAAAGAGCUCUACUCCGGGAAAAAUUGGAAGAACAGAUUUACUCCAGAGAUGUGCUCACGCUUAUAGGAGAAACACUCAGAAGUUUUCCUAAACUUUCAGAGGAUCCCAGGAACUUAUGGCAAAAGCUGAAAGGCAAAGCUGAAGGAAUGACUGCGUUCUGUGAACAUCUGGAAUCAUCAGCUUCAUUGAAAGAAUGAGGACCAGAAAUUUUAAGUGAGGAGAAAGACAACGGCUGCCUCACUGCACAGAUUGCCUGGAAGCCCAGCCCAAAGGCCCUGUUAGCUGGGCUCUGCUGCGGAGCUGCUCUCUGGGAUGGGGCUGCAGGAAAAGGGAGUUCUGGUCAGCUGAUCGUUGUGAACCCCACUUCUCCAUCUUCUUAUCUCGCUUCUGCUCUCACAUCCAUGUAUUAGGACACAGAGGGGAUUAGCAUUGUGGAUCAUUUUACAGAGGAGGAGCUUGUUAAAUACCUGGGACAAUCUCUUGUAGUAGCUGCUGUGUGCUGGUGGACAUGCAGUGCUUUUGUGGUCAUGGUGAUUGUUCUAUCCUGAAAGGAGCUUGGAUUUAAGAGGAUGCAAAGAGGGCUCAAACUGAUUAAAUUCUCUUAAGCUUCAGGAGAGCAGCUCUCCACUCGUAUUCUGAAGACACUUGCUUCAUUUCUUUUGAAGACUGAACUAGCUGUACCUGCUAGAUGCUGCUGCCCAGGGUAAUCUGUGCCACCCUCCCAGCACAUUCUCUCUCAUAUUCCAGAGGCAGUCUGCAGUGUUAUCCUGUGCAUCCAUCUCUGUUCUCUCUUCCCUUGCCAAGAGAUCUGUAUGUCUCUUCUUUGCACUUAACUCUCAUUCCCACUAAAUCAAUGCCCCUUAUAAGUCAAGCCAUAGGCAUCUGUGUAUCUUGCACUGUUCCCUGCUGGUUCCCUGCUUUCAGCCAGAAAUGAUAUGGUUCUUCACACAGAUGCUUGGAGGCAGAAGGACAAACAGAAAAAUACCAGUUUGAGUGCAUGGUAUCUUAUUUCUUACUAUGGACUAACGGUCAUCAAUUAAUUGUUCUGUUCCUGAGUCUUUUUUCAAGCUGUUUUUGCUGAGGCUCUGUUUUUCAAUUGAAUUCUUUGGAACAAUUGGCCAAAUAUGUAAUGCUGUUAACUGUCUAUGUCUGUCUUGUUUUGGUCUUUUCUUCUAAGGUAUUGGUGCUUCUAGUCCUGAUGUAUGGAGCUGAAAGCUGAUGAUAUUUAUCACUGUUAUAUUUUUUUUUCUCUGUUUAAACAUUUGGCCAAGCUAUACAUGUUAGUACUGUAGAGACCAUGAGUUAACUAGCCUGUGAAGAUAAACGUGCUGGUCUCCUACAAAUGGCAGCAAACGUGGUCUCCUUCAGAGAGCAUUCAGAGGGAGAAGACAAUUUUAGUGACUGAAUUGACUUAUCUCUCUGUAUGGGCAAGAAAGUUCAGGAAACUGUGUUUUCUAAAGCAGUGCUGGAGCCCUGUGACAGCUUAUUCUUAAGCCCAAGCUUUCAUCUGCACUGCUUAUUCUCUUCACAGGCGCAUCACUAGGUCUCAUUAUUAACACAGUUAAAUGUGCUCUUGGAAAACUUGAUUUAAUUUCUGACUUUACUACCGAGAUUCUAAUGCCAAGUUGCUGAAAAUGAAACCUUUUUGAAGAGUUCAUUAAGUGAAUGUUCCUCAUUUUCUGGAUACUCAAUUUGAGAUGAUAUCUGAUUUGCAGCAGUUCUAUAUGUUUAGAGCUGCAGCUGGAACUGAGUUUUCAGCAUUUAAAGCACCAUAUAAUGCUAAGCAUGCUACAAAAAGAAUGCUCUCAUUUUCUAAAUUGGAUAUCUCAAAUUAAUGAAUACUUUUAUAACACAGAAACUUUCUAAUCAUUUUUUCAACAAUCUAUCCAGACAAAAUGGAAGUAUUGGGGCAAUAAAUUUGUCAAAAACGUAUUCCUAAAGUGUACCUUAGAAAAGCUAUGAAUAGAUUAAUCAUAUGCUCUCCAAGUAGAGCUUGAGUUUGGUGAAGCAAAGUGGGUUAAACUAAGCAGAGAUGAAAUGAUCUUGUUCUCUAAUAAGCAUUCAAUCAGGGAGUUGUUCAACUGUUUCUGAGUAACCCCCUGUGGAGACAAGCCAUCAGAAAUGGGCUGCACACUAAACAGCAAGAAGAAAACAUAUUUUGAAUAGCUGCUCAUUAACUGAGGAUCAUACAUCCCCUACACGAGUCGAGGCAAGGGUCCUGCAAAGCAAAUUGUAUUUGAUCAUGUAAGUGAAGGUGGUGGCACACUGUGUGACACCAACGAUUCAAAUUAAGAUUGAAUAGGCAAUUUUAAUUUCGGCACUUCUCAAUUUUUGACUAUCUGACUUUGCAUUCUCAAUAAUGUUCUUUUAACUUGGAAUGUUGUGUGUAAUAUAUAUAAAUGUUGUUUUUAAAUAAAACUGGUUUGUCUCCAAGUCAUGUCAUCUUCCCGCUGCCUGCUGUUACCAUUUCUAAAGGAGAAGCAGCUGGUGUGCUAAAAGAAGUUAUGGACUUUGAAAUCCUGCAAGGUUAGGAACUGUGUGGUUGGAGGGAGAUAUUUGCAGAAGAUGCCAUCUUUUCUGGCAUGUUAAAUUACUCCCACUGUUUUCCUCACUGUAUUUAAUGUUUCCCCACUGUAUUUAAUGGAGCAAAGUAUAAACAUUUGCCUUGAGGUGUUUUGUUGCUGUAGUCUGCAAAUAACCCUAAGAGUAGCUUAAUGGUGCUCCAUGGUUGGGGUUUCUUAGUGGUUUCUCUGUCCACUUCUUAAAAGGAAAGAGUUCUUCAUAAUAGGGAGCUGCAAGCUUGGCACUGGAUCUGAGAGUCAAACUGAGCUCGACUGGCUCAGCUGCUACCAGCAGGAAAGGUUCUGCAAUCCACAUUCACUUAACUGCUCUGUUCACUGUGUUUAGACCAGAACAGGAUCUAGUUCCCACUCUGAUAUGGCUCUGCAGGCUCCGUUGUGCUGAAGAAAGACAAAAUACUCCAAAUAGGUGAUAAGCACACUAGUGAGCAGGUGCAUGUUUGACCACCAGAGCUGAGCUAGUAAGGAACAAUGUGUGUUUUUUGCUUAUUUUCUUUGAAACAAAUUAAUUUUUAAAACAUCUCUUUAGUUAUUAUGGAAACUGUAGUCUUGUAGUUUUGUUUUGUGCAUUCAUCUUUACAUAGAACAUAAAUGAGAACUGGCAAGUUUCUCUUGCUGUUCCUCAUAAUAUUGACACAAAAGAAAAGGCAAUUUGUAGCUCCUUAAGGAGGAACACUAGAUACAUUACUGUAGUAAGGCAUAAAAAUAAUUCCAGUUUUUUAAGGGAUUUCCCAUUUAAUUGUUAUUGGGUGUUCAUUGUGUGCUGUGGCCAAAGAGUUCAUUCAGAAUUGUUCCUAGGACUGGAAUACAAACUGACCAGGAGAACCAGGGAGAAUGUUUUGUGCAGCACGCUGCAUUAGCUGAAAGGUUUGUCUUCCUUUACUAUGAGUAAAAUGUAUACUAGCAUAUAAGGGAAAUGUUACCAACUUUUAGACCAACUAAAAAACCAGCUUUUAGACCAAGAUUAUAGUGACAUUGUUGAGACACUCUUUAUUAGAAUAGAACUCAGUGGCCACCACAGAACUUGGUCUGUAAUGUGUAUAUAUAAUAUGGAAGUGCUAUAUAUGUACUUUCAAAGGUAUUCUUUGACCAAUUCAGAUGUUCCCUGCACUUAUGCUGGAGGGAAUGUUCUGCCUCUGGAGCUGGAAUUCUGGAAGUCAGUGUUAGAUUGCUGCAGAAGACUCAGUGCUUAGCUUAUACCCUGGGGCAUAAAUUGUAGCUGGAAAGAUGAGAAAAUAUAGCUGCAGAGAUGUGAUUCGGAAACUCACAAAUUGCAUGUGUUACCUCGUUAUGAUAUAUGUGCAUAUAUAUCAGAAAGAAAAUGACUCUGUGUAGGAAGAGAUGGUACUCAGUGCUCUGGGUAUUUAAAAGAAUCAUGCAUGUUUAUAAAUUACCAGGAAAGGUUUCUGAAUCGGAACUGCGUGCUUCAGGUUCUGACAACGGCAUUCAAUCUCAGCAGUCCUUAACAAUCUUAUUUCUGCUUUGGCUCAGUUCUAGGCACAAGUGGCUUCAGCGUUGAAUUAGCCACUGCAGAAAUAGUUUUGAGUUAGAGCUCUGAACAAGACUUUGGACACAGAUUUAAAGUACCCAAUGAGAUCGUGCUGCUGUUACUAGGUUCUGUUAGCAGUGCUGUGUUGAUAUUCAAGGUCACUGAAGAUGCAAUACAGUCUUACACCACAUUUCUGUUGACUUUUGUUUAGGCAAGGGGUGCAUUUUCAUCUCUCUCAUGUGUGAAUCAUUAGUGUAGAGCAAAUGACCUACCACUGAGUCUGUUCUCCCAGUGAAGAUGCUCCUUGCUGUAAGAGGUUGCUCUAAGGAGAAUCGCUGUCUCUUUGCUCUAUCCAGCUUUUUGUUUUCAUGAAAUGUGGUUUUCCUUAAGCCCUUCUGAAAUUGAAUUUAAUUGGCCAAUGGCUUCAGAAGUUCUUAUCAGUAUGACAGUGCUAGGUGGACAUAUGCAGAUGAUCCCCAAAGGAACCCAGACUACAGAAUGCUGGGACUAAGCCUGGAUUACUGCUGCAGCAGUGAGCCCUGUUUUAGUUCCACAGCAGUAUCUAUCUCUCUGUGAAAUGUGGUAAAUGUGACCAGUUUUUGAUUUGUUUCUAUUUUCUUCUUUGUCUUCUUUUCCCAACAGUUGUUUUGAAGCUGUUCAGGUACAGAGCUUUAAUAUUAUACCCAUGUGCUAGAUGUACCUCCUAUCUACAUAAGCCUUUGAAUUUAUGUGUGCAUGUGUCUUGGUCUUUGUAUCACAGUUGUGUUUCCUAUUCACGCUGGGGGAAGAAAAAGUAACUUGAAACCUGUGGUAAUUUGUGAAAUGUGUUGUUGGCUCAUUUGUGCAUCUAUCACUUGUUAGAUUUCACAAGCCCUAGUGUUUCUCCCCCUUAUCAGAUUUAUUCUGAAGAGCUUUGUUCUUCCUGCUCCACACACCAGAUGCUACUGUAUUUUCUGGAUGCCUGAACUCUCCACUCAAAGCCUGUCAAUGUCUUUUGUAUAGCUAUUACUUGUAGCUUGAAAGUGGUAUUUGUGUAACGAGUUGCUCCAUGGUAUGAUUUUUCUUUCUUUUAAUUUUGCUAGUAGAAAUUCCCAGUGCAGUUGCAUUUGUGCUAGAACAGAAUUUGUAGUGGUAUAGCUAAUGUCGGAUUUUGGUAACUGUCAGAGAAUAUGAGAUGUGUGAUGCAUAAGCCCAUGUGUCACCAAAUCUGGCCUUUCUGUGGCAUUUGUUUUCCUCAAGCAGGUAGUUCUGUUAUAUUAUACAAAGCACAAUGUUACUGGUGCAGUUUCUUUCACUUUGGAGCUCUUAAGCAGCGAGGGAGGCCUUAGGAUGCCAUGGUGUCUGCAUUUUUAAACCUGAAAAAUAAAAAAAAAAUGAAUCUAUACUGGAGAGGUUUGCUGAUUUUAAUAUUGCCAAGCUGCACAUUUCUACUGAAGAUGAAAUUAAUACCAGCAAAAGGAGCCAUUUGACUGCUGGGAAAUUUACUUGACAGCACCACAAAAGGACAUAUUGGCUGCUGUGAGUGUUGCCUCCCAAAAGGGUUUGAGGUGUAACUAAUAGGUGGCAGUUAGUAUGCGUUGCUUUGUUUGUAAGGAUUUCUUCUACUGAUGAGAAUAUAUGGCAGUAGAUUUAAGUAAUAAGGUAUGAUUUACCCUGGAGUAAAGCUUUUCCAAAGGCUUUGCCUAUAAAAAGCCAGAGAGCUGUGGGUGCUGCAUCCCCGGAGGUGCUCCAUGCUGGGCUGGAUGGUGCCCUGGGCAGCCUGAUCUGAUGGGGACUAUCUGCGCCCCCCAUACAGGGGCUGGAACUGAUUGGGCUUAAAAUCCUUUCCAACCCAAGCCAUUCUGUGAUUCUAUGAUAACAUACCUAGAGUAGACAAGUUUGAACACCUAUUUUACAGAAUAUUUUUGAAAUAAUAAGUGGCACUGAGAAUUUUUACAUUAAGCUGUAGUGUGCUGAGAUGCAGAUUCAGGACUUUGCAAGGAGAGCUCCAGCAAACAAAUAUCAAUGGUUAAAAAAAAAACCUACCAGAAUGCCACUCAUCAGAAGACUGCCUUCUUCUGUAGUGGUGAAAAGUUUCCUUAGAGCUAAGUCAGGCUUCAUCACGACUUCAUCACGACGGAGCCGUGUAAGCUGGUAUUUCACAUGCACAGCCCAUGUCUCAGCAUCUGCAGAGAACCCAGAGCACAUGAUCCAGAAGUACACCUCUCUGAACUGAAAUCAGCAGGCUUUCUGAGCAGUAAGAGGUACAUGCCUUUAAGCAGUUUAAACUGCUGCUUCCUACUGGCCUCCUUGGAAUUAAAUCACUUGACUCAGUAAUUGGCAUGUCCUCGCUGCCUGGAGCCUUAAUACUUUUAAUGAUGUCCAAACAAAUUAGCUAUUAAACAUGUUAUGAAGCAGCUCAGUGGGAACUAACUUGAGUAAGCUGAGGAUCAAAGCAUGGAGCUGUAAAAUGAGUCCUGAAGUGCUAAUAACUUCUAAUAACUUUUAAAGAGAGAGAAUUAGAUUGUGGGAAGAGCAGCUGUGUCGUAUGCUGAUGACUUGAAGAGCAGCACGGUUGGGAUGUAGUACUGUUUGUAUUCCGACUGGAAGAACUAGUGAGAAAGCAUGAAACUAGCAUUUGUGGUUUUAGGACGCUCCAGACUAAAGAUGAAAGAAGCAGCAGGUGGGAUGAUCUGCUUUCUGUGCACCAGGCAUGUGUGCUCAGCCCCCUGAGAGAUGAUUAAAUGGAUUUUGCUUUAUUUAAUUACUUCUUGCCCUCAAGAUGCAGCACCAGGGGAAUGAGAUCGGUCUGUCCUGUCCUGAAGAGCAGGUGAACUCAGGCAAAACCAUUGCCAGAAAUGUGUUACCUGCUUGACUGAGGGCUGUUUGACCUGCACAACUUGAAUCCUUAACAGUAUAUGCAAAAUGAGAAUCCAGAUGGUUCCCUUCUGUCAUACAUGCUUAGAAAGGAAGCCUCUUUCUGUAUACUCGGUGGACUUGAUACAGUGCUCAAGGCAUGAGACACAAAACCUUCCUUUCCCUUCCCCUCCUGCUCAGAGCUAUCUCAGAAACUGGCGUGGCUUUUCCCUUCCUGCCUUUAUUCCUCUUCAUCCGCUCUCUUGUCUUUGCUCCCUCUAGUGUUCCCAUAUCGGUGCUGUCUUGUUCUCCUGCUCUAGGCCAGGAGAUUCAGUAUGAGGCUCUCAGGUGUGUUUUCCCUGCACUCUGCGUAACGCAGAAAUGACAUCAGCCACCUGUCAUACCCUUCAAAAAGAGAAAAUAGCACUAAGCCUCUGCAGCCUUAUUUCACCUGCUUAUAUCACCAUAGCAGCAUGCCAGUGCCAACCUUGAGGCCAACAUAAAACUUAUCAGAUUUUCAGAAACAAGCCUGUAUCCUUUUGGCAAUUUCCAAGCAUCUACUUCAUUCGCAGUUUGUGGUUUGGGGAUUGCUUUUGACAUUUUCUUUCUAAUUUGAGGAGCUGAGAAAUCAGGAAUAUUAUAGAGUAUAACAUUUCAGUUCGGAGCCACAAGAUCAGGUAACACUGCAACAGCAUCCUGAAUGUGCCAGUUCACCCCUUGACUUGCACUGGCUUUAGCAGCAAGAGCUGUCUUAGUGGUUAGAAAUACCAUCCUGCUUAUUAGGUGAAAAUUAGAAAAUAUGAAAAGGAUCUGAGAUCUCUGUGUGUCAGUGAAUCACUACCGCAGAGAGAAUGUAUAAUUAAGAGCAAGGGCUCUUCUUACACCACAUUAAAAGAUUUCCUACAGAUUUUUGUUAACUGAAACUUAACUGUUUUAUGUGCUGUAAAAAUGUGUGAUACUUUCAUGUGUCCAUACACGAGAGUGCCUGCAUACUUCUUUGUGCAAAACAUAUUUAAAAGAUGAGAAAAUAGAUUGAGGUCUCCCUUUACAUCAAGCAAUCCAGAUCUAGAUUGUAGAGACUAAACUCUUUCAGAUUCAGGGCUUCAUAGUAGGUGUUUAAGAAAUGAAUUUGAAACAUUUCAAAGAACUCUCUUUAAAAGCACAUGCAGUCUUCAUUCAUCACUGAAAAUGAACUGACAUUCCUGAUGAUAAGAAAGAAGACUGUGGCUAAAUAAGAGCAAAAAUUGAGCUUCUGCCUUUUAUUUUAGGAAUGAUCAAUUCCUUAGCUGUGCUAUGAAGAUAAGCAAGACAAAGAAAAGAGCUUUAGUUACUGCAACUGUGUAGGCUAUGAAUCUAUGGUAAAUUGUGGCAAAUGUUUGAGUCAGACUGGUGUACAGUUCUUUCAUUGGUACUAAAUUUAUUAAAAAAAAAAAAGAUACAAUCAAACAUUUGGAAAUAGGUCUGGCAAAAAAUUGUUAGAUGGCAUGAUAUUCACUUCUUGUGAACUGCUCUGCGUCCUCAUGCUGAAUUCUGACAUACCCUUUGGUUGGCAUCAGGUUUGUGACUAUGGGGAGGAAUCCCUCCGGGUGCUGGGUAGGUUUGGAGCUGGUUGGCAGAGGAUGCAAAUCCUCUACUUUUACAGGAACAGGGAAGCAGAAGAGUUUCCAUUGCAGAUGCCCAUUACACGGAGGGAUGCUAUCCCCAAGAGACAGGAAUUUCUUCCUCAAAUUCCCAGGAGUGAGCGAAUGGGUGAGUGACAGCUGAACAGCUGAAGUCCACAGUAGCCAUGUUCUGCCAGCUGCCACCUUCCUCCACGCACCUUUUCA